UAGACUAUUUGGCAAAAAAAUAAAAUAUAAAUUAAUAACUAAUUUAGCAUACUAUUUAAGAGUAGUAUGAAAUUAAACUUCGAAGAGAAAUCGUAAGCAGAAGAGUUUAGAGCUCUGCGAAUACCAAACUUUCUGGCAACACUGCUUGUAGUCUGUCAACGCCACUGUUCUCCUCGUUCGUUCGGAUUUCGCAGCUCAACUCGUAGAAAUUGUUUUGCAUUUGUGUCGGGACGGUAAUUUUCUUUUGUGCUAUGUUUUUAAAAAAUAAAAAUUUAAUGCUACUUGGCAAAAUAUCGAUAACCUAAAGUGUAACCGUGUUAAUAAAUGCAGCGCAGUUUAGUGCUUGUGUAAUGAAGACUGGCAUAGUUUCUAUGAAUAGAAUGUCGACCCUUUUCGGUGUUCGAAACAAUCCUGUUCAGUGAUUAGGAAGAAAGGAAAAAUACCAAGUGGAUAAGAAAUCGAGUGUUAAAAUUUCUUAUAAAAUAUUCUAAAAGUAAACCUUACAUUUAAUCAGAGGAGAAAAAUCACCAUCAUCCAAAAAGAUUGAGUGUUCAUGAAUCAACGCAAGCGAAAAUAUUAAAAAUAUAAUUAGUGCUACAACAAAAGAAAAUAUAUUUAAUGAGAUAUUUCGCAAUUGAAAUAAAGAAAAUAAAAUAGCAGAAUGCAUUGUGAUAAUACGAAAACAUCAUCAGAAAUAGAACACGUUGAUUGGAGCACUGGCACCGGCUCAGGACAUCACUAUGCUAAUGUCAGAUUCGGUUCCGGGAGCAGUCAGGCAUCUCAGAGUAGCGGCGAUAUUUGUCGCAUCUGCCAUUGCGAGAGUGAUCCACAAAAUCCCUUGCUGACGCCAUGUUACUGCGCGGGUAGCUUAAAGUACGUACAUCAGGCGUGUCUCCAACAAUGGCUAACUGCAUCAGAAACGAAUGCCUGUGAGUUAUGCAAAUUUCCAUUCAUAAUGCAUACAAAAAUCAAACCAUUCAAUGAGUGGCGUAGCCUUGAUAUUUCUGGAAUUGAGCGCAGACGUCUCUGUUGUUCAGUAUUGUUCCAUUGUGCUGCGGCUUUAUGCGUUAUUUGGUCACUUUGCGUGUUAAUCGAACGUGCCGCAGAUGAUGUGAAACGUGGACUGAUUGAUUGGCCCUUUUGGACAAAAUUGGCCGUAGUAACGGUGGGUCUUACGGGUGGCGUUGUCUUCAUGUAUAUUCAAUGUAAAGCUUAUCUACAUUUAUGUCAUCGUUGGAAGGCCAGAAAUAGGAUUCUCCUCAUUCAAAAUGCACCAGAAAAAGUGCAUCCCUUGUCGCCUCCAUCACCCGCAAUCACACAUCGCGCUCGCCACGAAGGACCCAGCGAACCACACCCAUGCAGCGCAAAUGGGCCACCAGCUGGAUGUGAUGGCCCAAAUGUCGAAGUAGUUGCCAAUGGCGCUUCUGCCUCCAAUGGCUACAACUAUGCCUCUGCCGCUAGGACUGAUAGUAUUGCUGGCAGCAUAGACAUAGAAGGUGCGACGGCUCUUCAUCAACAUUCUCUUCACCACUACCAUCUUCCGGCUGAGCAGCGUCGUCUACAACAAACUGACGAUCUUGAUUCAGGCGCAUUACCUGCAGCACACCAUCACCAUUUGACGCCGCAACAACAAGUGGGACAAGUUGCUGUAGCGGCGAAUAUUGAGUGUGCUCAGCUGCAAAGUAAUUAUGAACGCGAUUGGGCGUUGGAUGAUGUGGUUUCGCAGAUCUCGUCCUUCCGCCCCUGCCCACAGGGAUCCGGUAGCAUGACACCUUUCCAUGACUCAAUACACAACGUACUCGAACAUUCAGAGAAUUCGAGUCGUGGCUCGGUAAAUGACGUUUGCGGUGGUUCACGGCAAGAUCUUAGCACUGGUGGUAUUUCCACAGAUACCGGACGGGAACAUGCGCUUCAAUUAAGCAGUUUUAGUGGUAGUGGAGAUCAAAAAGCACCCUCUAUCAGCUCCGGUGUUUCGAAUGCAGUGGCCAAUGGCUUGGGUGGUUUCACCUACAAGCCACACACCAAACGCUACUCUAAUUCAUCGAUUUUCAUAGAGAAUCGUGACAUCCUCAAUGACUCAAUGGGCUUAAGCAUGGAAUCGUCAGUGGAUUAUCCAGCCACUGAGUGCUAUCGACACUCGAGCGCGGUAACGCCGCCUAGUGUAGCGGAUGUCGAAGCCGUAAGUGAGCAGUUAGACCAAUUUUUAGGAAAAGACCUGCGCCGCUACUCGGACACAAAACUCGUAAUUGGUCCAGAUAGUGAACCGAUGCUGGGUGCACCAGUUAACGAUGUCUUACUACCAUCAGCUGUCCCUAUAGAGCCGCUUUACCCAACAGCAACAUCAACCGUACCGAUAGGCGGCAGUAAACGUGUACGCCAACUAUUGAAGCAGCACUCCGCUAGUGCGACGGAUACUAUUUUAGAUAUGGAAUUGCCUACGUCUCCGCUGUCACCACCAGCAGCCUAUGCGGCGCAUAUGACAAUGCCAACAACGCGUCAGACACAAGCAUCUCUGCGCCGAUCGUUGCACACAGUGGACGAAUUAGGAGCUUGUCGCCGCGCUGCGGAAUCAAUGAACAGUAGAGUUAUGCCCAGCACUGCUGCAGCGGCUGGAAUAGGAAGACCGCGGCAGCAGUAUUCGUCGAAACCAAUGUUUAAGUCGUUGCCAAAUUUAAGUGGCAGUUGUGAAAAUUUGCUCAGAAAAUGAGCAUUAAUUUCUGUUCUGCCUAAAUUU